CUUCCGUAUUGGCAGAGUUUCUGCCGACGUGGGAAACAGUACCCCAUAUCAAAAACACCCACUUACUUACGAGCUAUGUGCACAUAACACACACACACACACGGUGACAUGUGCAACACAUGUGCGCGCCGAUAUGUGGCUCAAACCGGAAGAAGUGCUUCUGAAGAACGCGCUGAAAUUAUGGGUGACGGAAAAAUCCAACGACUAUUUUAUCUUGCAGAGGAGGAGAGGACACGGGGACAACAGCGCCGGACUGACAGGUCUCCUGGUUGGGACGUUGGACACAGUGUUUGAUUCCACAGCAAAAGUGGCUCCUUAUCGCAUUUUACAUCAAACACCCGAUUCGCAGGUGUACUGGAACAUUGCCUGCGGUGCAUCUCUGGAUGAGAUCUCUCAGCACUGGGACUGGCUGCAGCUCAACAUCAUGAGAACUCUCUCUGUGUUUGACUCCGGUGAUGACAUCACCAGCUUUGUUCAGGGCAAGAUUAGAGGGUUAAUUGUAGAGGAAGAUAAGGUGAGUGAGGAGGAUCCUGAGCGUUUCCGUGAAGCUGCGCUGCGGUUCGAGCGAUUGUUCUGUUUGCCUAAACAGGAGAAACUCGUGACCUACUUCUCCUGUAGCUACUGGAAAGGUCGUGUCCCAAAUCAGGGCUGGAUCUACCUCAGCACUAACUUCCUGUGUUUCUACUCCUACUUACUGGGCAACGAGGUAAAGUUGGUGUUCUCGUGGUGUGAGGUGAGCAGGUUGGAGCGAACCUCGAGUGUGUUGUUAACGGAGUGUAUCCGUGUGUGUGUGAGAGAUGAGGAUCACUACUUCUCCAUGUUCCUGCGGCUGCAGCACACGUAUGAGCUCAUGCAGCACCUUGCUGACUACGCCAUUGCACGCAUGUUUGACAAGGAGACCUAUAACACACAACACCCACUGAGAGACCCACUACACAUCACUCAAAGGUCUUUGGAGACACACAUGAGGAAUCAGGCUUUCCGCUCAUUCUUUCGUCUUCCACGCAAUGAAAAUCUGUGUGAAGUUCACGAGUGUUUCCUCUGGCUGCCUUUUAGCCACACACACAUACUUGGGAAGAUCUGUGUGUCUGAGAGAUAUGCAUGCUUCUCUAGCCAGGAUGAAAACCAGUGUACUGUCAUCAUCCCACUGUGUGAGGUGGUGAGCGUAGAGAUCCUGGGCCGUAGUACUCGUGCACUGAGUGUGUGUGUACGUGGUAAACGAGCUUUUCGUUUCUCUGAGGUUCGUGAUUUGGACCGUCUGGCCUCCACCAUUCGCAAGUGUGUGACAUCAUCAAGUCCCCAGCAUUCCCACAGUGCUCAGCUCUCUCUGUGUGAUGAUGAGGAGGAGAUGAUGGUAGGCAGGUUCCGCGCGGUUUCGGUUCCGGUUCCAGUCAGCACUGAGGCUUUAAUGAAUGUUUUCCAUCCACAUGAUGCUGAAAAUCUCGACCCAAAAAUGUUGAAAGAGCGAAUGAAGGAGCAGUCAUGGCAGAUCCAUUUUGCUGAGUACGGUAGAGGAAGUGCAAUGUUUCGCACCAAGAAAACGCGAGAGCUCGUUGUUCGAAGUCUUCCAGAAACACUGCGUGGAGAACUGUGGAUGCUUUUCUCAGGUUCAGUAAAUGAAAUGGCCUCCCACCCCGGGUAUUAUGCGUCUCUGGUGGAUGAGAGUGUGUGUGUUAGCAGUUCGAUAGCAUGUGAUGAGAUUGAGCGUGACCUGCACCGCUCGCUCCCUGAGCACCCGGCUUUCCAGAGCGACCGAGGAAUAUCUGCACUGCGCAGAGUGCUAACGGCGUACGCUAACCACAACCCCACUAUCGGCUACUGUCAGGCGAUGAAUAUCUUGGCGUCGGUGUUGUUGCUCUACGCGAGUGAAGAGGAGGCGUUCUGGCUGUUAGUGUCUGUGUGUGAGAGGAUGCUGCCAGAUUACUUCAACCGUAGGAUUAUUGGUGCCCUUGUGGACCAGGCAGUGUUUGAGGAGAUGAUUCGUACUCACCUGACCCAGCUGACAGAUCACAUGACUGAGCUGUCAUUCCUGUCAUCAUUGUCAUUGUCAUGGUUUCUGACACUCUUCAUCAGUGUGUUGCCAAUCGAGAGCUCGGUCAGUGUACUCGAUUGUUUCUUCUAUGAUGGAAUUCGAUUCGUUCUUCAGCUCGCCCUCACUGUCAUUCACCACAAUAUGUCCCACCUCCUCCACUGCCAUGACGAUGCUGAGGCCGUCACUGCCCUCAACAGGUUUUUUGACAGUGUGGUGAAUAAGGACAGUCCUCUUCCAGCCACAGUACAGCAGGCAACUGCAGCGAUCAAUUACAGCUCAGACCAGGAGAGCGUUGACAUCAGUGACCUAAUCAGAGAGGCCUACACAAGAUUUGGUGAAAUUCGGUGGGAGGAUGUGGAAAACAUGCGCAGACGCAACAAACUGCACGUCAUUCACACACUUGAAGAGACGACAAAACAAAAUGUUUUGCGAGUUGUUGCUCAAGAUGUGAAGUUUAACAUUUCUCAGCUAGAGGAGCUUUACUUACUGUUUAAGAGGCAGCACUUCCUCAGCUGUUAUUGGUCAGUCUGCAGUCCCACUCUACAGAAUCACGACCCAAGUCUCCCGUAUCUCGAUCAGUACCAACUAAACCUGGACCAGUUCAGCUCACUCUUUACCCUGCUGUUACCAUGGAAACACACACCCAAAGACGAUGUGACUCGUUCAGCAUUCCGGCUCGCAGACGACAAUGGAGACGGACUCAUCAACUUCAAAGAAUUUAUAUGCCUGCUCGAUACUCUGUACAAUGGCUCAUUUACAGAAAAGCUGAAGUUUUUCUUUAAACUUCAUCUCCAACCAGCAGAUUCUCCUGUCUGUAAGGCUUUAAGGUCUCAUGCCUCUCCUGUCCCUGCUGAAGGUCUCUCUCUCUCUACUCGUUUUUCUGGUUGUACUGAUGAAGGAGUGAUCAGGAAAAGUCCAGAAAGAGCACGUGGGAAGGUGGAUCUCCAGGAGUACCUGAAACAGUGGCAGGAUGAGUUACAGAAGAAAGAGGAGAACAUCAAAGAUUUGCCUCGAAUUAAUCAGGCCGAGUUCGUUCUCCUGUCUAAGACUCUGUACAACAUUUUCCAUGGAGACGAAGAGGAGGAGCUUCUGUAUCAUGCCGUUGCACGGGUAACUGGCUUGUUGCUGCGAAUGGAGGAGGCGGGGCGAAAACUGCAGAGCCCAUCAAGAUCCUCUCCAAAGGCCAAGCCCCAGACAUUACAGGCCACACCCCCAGCAACACAGCAAGCCGACAACACGUCUCACCAGACCCCCAGGUCUCUAUCCACUGACCUGUCUCCUUCCUCUGAUACAGGCUCCGCCUCCUCAGCUACGAGCAGCCCUACAGGGACCGGCAGCUCAGCUAAGACCACACCCCCAGACACACCCUCUCCUCCAGAUGGGGGCGGAGACUGGAGUUUCUCCUUCGAGCAGAUUCUUGCCUCGUUACUGAACGAACCUUGUGUUGUUACAUUCUUUGAGAGGAGCACAGACACACAUGCACUUAUCGCACAUGCACACGCACACCAGCUCGCACACAUACGUUGAACACACUUAAUACACACCCUUCAUACAUACACACACACACACACACACACACACACACACACAGACACACAGACACACACACACACAGUGAUGAGAAAAGUAAAUGAUAUAACUGUAUAGAUAUAAAUCUGGCACAUGUAAAAGUGUGUAACAUGAGAGCAAAGCUUUUGGGAGUUUAGUUUCUGACCCUGGUGACCAGUUGUACUGUUUCACUGUGUGUGUGUGUGUGUGUGUGUGUGUGUGUGUGUGUGUGUGUGUGUGUGUGUGUGUGAGUGAGAGAGAGAGAGAGAGAAGCAGUAAGCAGAUGAAGUUCUGAUGUUGUGUAACGUGUUAUGGAAAUGAAGUUUGUGUUGCAUUGUUUCUGUGCUACAGUGUAGAAAUAUAAUUAUAAAUAAUGGAUGAUUUAUAAAAAUUAAUAAUCAAAAAAUCUCCAAAGUGCUUCAUCAUGUUUAUCUCACAUGGCUGAUUAGCAUUAUUGUCAGAUAAUUAAUCAUUUGGUCAUGAAAUCAUGCUAAUUUAUCACAGAAAUUAACUCAUAAUAAACAUUAUGAUCACAUGCCUGAAGAAGUUUGAGCAUUUAUCUAGUCCCAGGUUUUAUAUAAAAAUAUAAAAUUACCCAAUAAACAUUAGCAUUUAUUGCAUCACUGAUGCCAGAUCAGAGAUAUAUAUAUAUAUAUAUAUAUAUAUAUAUAUAUAUAUAUAUAUAUAUAUAUAUAUAUAUAUAUAUAUAUAUAUAUAUAAUUUCUGAGAUGGUCGGUGCGUCAGGUUUUGUGCUUGUAUUUGAAAUGAUUAGUAUGGGUGGCACCGGUGACAAAAUCAACACUAUAUUUUUCUUUAGUUGUGUUUUAUACACACACUCCAGGAUAGUGUAAUGGUAUAAUGUGUUUAGUGUGUAGUGUGUGUAUGUGAUUUAAGUCAUGAGUUUAAUAAAUGUACAAUUGUAUUUGGGUGUGUGUGUAAACUGUUUCCCAGCUUGCUUUAAAUAAUGGUGUGUUAUUAUUGAGAGAUUAAUGCAAAAUAAAGCUGCAUUUAGUUUG